AUGAAAGAUGAGGGCUGGGUGGUUCUCCCCGCAGCAUUUUCGGCCCACGCUCCCAUCUAUGCCUCCGGGUCGGGCCAAGGGGUGGGGAAAGAUCACUACCACCAGUUGAAAUUUACCCAUCAGUACUGGUAUCUUUAUGGCCAAUGUCGUCGUUCAAAGAGCAGAGCCAGGAAUAUGAUCCCUGUUCGGUGGCUGCAUGAAAUCUCCGCGGAAAUGGUGUCAGCUGGCCUUAUGGUAGCACCGCUUUGA